AUGGAACAAUACAGUGUUAUUAUUCAAAAUCUUCAGAGUGAAGAACAGCGAUCACAGGCCCUUGAUGAUUUAAAGAAUCUUCUAAACUUUACACCUCCUAGCCAGGCUGCACCAGUCAUUCAAAAUUGUGGCAUUACUAAAAUUGUUGAAUGCCUAAAUGUGAAAAAUAGAUCACAUGUUGCAUCAAGCUGUGAACUCUUGAAGAUGUGUUUUGAAAUGUUUGAACCUGAGGAUAUUGUUAGGAACUAUAUUGCAAACAUUAUGUAUUUAUUAAGACAUGGAGAGACCUGUGUUCGGCAACUUGCAAUAGAUGUGGUAUACAAAGUUUUUACAAGAGAUCAGUCUGUACUGGCAAGUCCUCAAUAUGUUGACGUCUUUGUUGCAAUUGCUCAGAUGGUUUGUGAUAGUGAUGUUGGAAUAGCAAACAAAGCUAUACUUAUUACAUCUAAUUUACCGCAUGACACAUACCCCAAAGUUUUAGAAGAAUUAAAAAUAGCACUGGACUGUAGUACGAGUAGUAAAUGCAAUGCUUUCGAGAUUGUUGUUAAUAUUUCUUUAAAGAAUAGUGAGCUAUUCAAACUCUGUAAAGAUCAGGGUUAUAUUGAUGCCAUGGUGUCGGAACUAGAGGCAGAUGAUAUUCUAUAUCAAUUGAAUAUUCUAGAACUCUUAUCGCGGUUGGCGGUAGCCCCUCAUGGCCUAACGUAUUUAAUUAAAAAUGGAUCUUUCAAUAAAUUAGUUCAACUAUUGCAAGAUUUACAAAAUAACCCUUUGAAAGGGCUUCUUAUAACAGGCUACAUCAAAUUUUUUGGCACUGUGAUUUGUCACUACUCCAGAGAGGUGAUCCAUCAAUAUCCUAUUUUGGUUGAAUCUCUCCUUGACUCUUUUGAUGAGGUGGAUGAAACGGUUUUCCCCGUGGUUUUGGAUACCCUUGGGGUUAUAGGCACUACCAUAGAAGGGAAACUUUGCUUGGCAGAAUUUGGAAGCAAUGUCGAACAAGACCCUAAAAGCAAGGACGGUGUAGAUCAAAGGGUGACUUUAAUGACGCGAGAGUGGUUUAGAAGUUUUAGUAAACAGCCACCUGCAAUAGAAACGCUGUUAACCACUUGUAAGAAUCCGUUCCCUGAUAUACAAUGCGCCGCAUUCAUGUUGCUAGACGCAGUAUGUCAGCAUCAUUGGGGAGAGGAAUUAGUGGCUAAUUGUGCAGGUUUUAUUGAAUUCCUUCUUGAUCGCACUGUGGACUUAACGAAACCCUUACAAGAGAUAAAAUAUGACAUUAUCAAGAGGCUGUCUAGAUCGUCUGCUUUCGAUUCAAACAUUCUAAUGAGACUGCAGACCUAUGUUGAACAGGGGCCUUUCUAUUCUGAAUCAUUGAUGCAAGUGGCUAUGGAAGAAGCUGAUUAA